AUGGUUUCAUCCAUUGAACAGGAAUUGUCUCUUUCUCGCCCGCUACCGCAGUCCAACCCACGCCACCAUGCCCAUUCCAUCUCUCUCGGUGCGGUCAACGCUAAUCAUCGGGUAACUCGUCGGAAAAGUGUCACCACUGCUGCUGCCGCCAACGCUGCCGCCGCGGCAGUCGCUGCGUCCUUGAAGGAUUCUGCUGGGGAGUCAGUAGGAGUUUCUAUGCCUUCGCACCGUCGAGGGAGCCGAAAAGGCUUGGAAUCUAGUUCGGUCGGGGCCCCCUCCGGCUUCGGCUCUUAUUUCUCACGGAGCAUGAAUAGCCCCAGCCAUGAGCCGCCGGUCGCUCGCAAGGCCUCGCCAACCAACUCAAAUGACGCAUCCUCGACAAACCUCGCGACUGUAGACGGUAACAAUUCCGCCAACAAGUCCACCAACAAUAAUAAGAACCGAAACCGUCGGGCCAGCGAGGGAUCGCACCUUAUCAAAAGCGAAGGGAAGCGUUCCAUGUCCGACCUUCGCUGCGAUCGUUGCGGGAAAGGGUAUAAGCAUGGCAGUUGCUUGUCUAAGCAUAUGUGUGUAUCCUCCCCUAACAUGCCAUCCUACCGUCUGGCUCGAUCCGGGGUAAAUGCGCCAUGUCGGCUCUGUGCAAGGUCGCCUUCGUGGUCAUUCAGUUCCCCUCAUUCUCCAGAUCCUUUUCUCUCCCCUGUUGUCCUGGGCCACACUCGAUUGACGUUUUAUGGUACUUAG